GCUAUGUUUACGAAUUCAUGAUGAGUCUCUUAGAAGGUAUCAUCAGCUUCUUGAACAACAACGCUUACAUUGUGACAGCGAUUGACGGAUUGCCACUGUUUGCUGCUGGAAAACGGGCCGUUCAUUUAAUCUUCAACAACUUCGGCGAACAUAUGGCUAGUCAAACUGUAGGAGAUCUCGUCAUUGGCUCAUGCAAAUUAUUCAUAUUUUUGCCAUCCUUCUUAGUCGGCAUCGAAAUGAUAUCGUCCGGCCUGUCAUUGAUCGUUGUUUUACUUUUGGCCAUACUUGUCUCUCACGUUAUGAUGUCAACGUUUGAGACUACUGUCGACACGUUGUUCAUCUGUUACAGCAUUGAUUCCGAGGAAAAUGAUGGCGAGGAGCGACCAUAUUUUAUGUCUGACAACUUGAUCAUUGCAAUGGUCGAAACCAAGAAUUUGGAACCUCCAAAAACACCAAUAGAGCCCCAACAAGUUUAAAUUUAAGAAAACUUUAACAUUAUUGACAAUAAAUCGAAACCUUCC